AUGUUGGCUCUAAUUGGAAAUGUUGCGGAAAAGACAGUCACCAAGUUUCUCGGAGAAAACAAGCCCCCCCGUAGAAAAAGUGGAUGGAACCGAUUUGCUGCAUUCAGCCUUGAGAGUUUGAAAUAUCCAGUUCCGCCAAAGGGUGCCUCCGAAGGGUGGGAGGAGCGAAACAUAGAGAUCGGCAAGGCUUGGAAAUUGCUGGAUGUUGAUGAGAAGGCUGUUUUUAGUGCCCGGAUCUUCCAACACUUCUCUGGAAUACCAUGCGACUUUGAAGAUGAGGCUGAGGACGAUGAAGAAGAAUCGGAUUUGACCACUGAUGAAAUCGAAUUAUAUAAACCACUUUACGAUAAGUUGGUGAACAUCGAAAAGGUUAACAUAGUUGCUGCUAAAGGAUCGGAAUGUCAGGGUGAAAAUACCAGUCAAACCUAUAAAAAAGCUUUGAGUGCCACACUCAAGCUGAACUCCGAGCUUAUGAACAAACCAGCUGUACACCAUUUCGAAUGUAUACAAUACAACCUACUAUCUACUGACAGCCACACGAUCUCCGGGAAAAAAUAG